AUGGACACGCUGGUGAUGCUCUUUCCCUACCACAGUCGGACUCAACUGCAAGAGUAUCUAGAAAAAGCCGGAGGAGCUGUGGAACAGGCUGUAGAAGCAUUAUUCGACGUGCCUGUACCAACCGCCCGUGCUUCAGCACCUUCAGCACCGUCACGUCAAGCCAGUGUCCAAGUCUUUCACCAGUCAAACCCACAUACCCACGCCCACACCAAUACCGUCAAGCGACAAAAGCAGGCACCCGCUUCCACUUCAAAUGGAGUAGUAGACCUGACCUGGUCUGACGAGGACGAUAAUGAUCUCAACAAGUGCUGUGACAAAGGGCUAUCCCUACAAACAUCAAAGGCGGCUAUCGUAAUUGAGGACGACACCUUUGACUUUGACGACUUUCCUCGCCCAGAUCCUUCGACAUCCAGCGCAAGAGGUUCUAACAUGCCGAGCUUUGAAGACUUUCAUCAGCAGGAGCAAAAGCGACUCGAGGACAAGCGACUCAAGGAGCUGCAGCUGGAGGAACAGCGAAAGGCUCUUGUUGACAACUUUGUGUCGCAUGCUCAAGUCAUGUUUGAAAACAUCUCCACCCCAUACCUCGAACGCCUGAUUGUGGAGAACCGGCCCAGAAUCUCAUCAGACGAAGAGCUUAUCGACACUUGCAUUGAAACUAUCUUCAAAACUAACGGCAAGUACCCCAAAGCCAAGAGAAAACGGAGUGAGGAGGGCGGCGAGGGAGAGGAUGAUGAUGGCGACUCCUCGGGGUCAGAAGAGGAUUUUGGACUAGGAGGAGGUGGUGGCCAUCAAGGAUCUAGCACAAGUCAGUUGAAUCCCCGUGCCAAGAGGGACUUUAACGAAUACGCUGUUCAGAUGGGCGCGCAAUAUAUGCUGGACUCGUAA